UAGUAAACCAUUAAAGCUAUAAACAACAACUCGAAUAAACUAGUUAGUAGCUAACGUAGCUAAGUUAACCGUUGGUUAGUUUGUCCCAUGUCCCUCUUCCUAAAGUUGUGAUUAAAUAUCCACACAGGCUUGAGAGUUUUUUAUGUUUAAUAUGAAAACGUCAGAAUCGUUUAGCUGCCUCUCUGGAAAUUUACUGCUGCUCUUGGUGGGAACUGACUCAGUGUGUAACUCUUUCAAGCUGUUCAACAGAGGUCUACUGUACAGGAAGGUAUCGCUCAAGAUGGAUGUCAAGAAAAAGAACUUCUUGGAUAACUUUCGUGUGAAAAAGUUUGCUAAGAAGCCAGGUAAGAAGGGACUUGGCAAGCAGGGGGGGAGGCUGGCCCACCGGCGCAGUAUCUCCGUACCAGACCUAAGGUUUGUGCCAGGUGAAGGAUUAUUUACAGAUAACGCCUUGUAUUCCACUUCCUCUGAUGCUACUGCCUCUGAUGCCAUCUAUUUUGGCAUUUCCCCCGGUUUGAGUGAUACCGAUUCUGUUGCAAGUGUCUCAGUCAUUGAUGGGCCGCUUUUCGCAGACAAACUGACCGAUUCAGUCCCAGAAACUAGACUCAGAGUUUCCACAGAUAACAGAGCUACAGGUUUUAAUAGAAGUACACCAGUAGAGACAUCGACCCUCUAUGAGGAAAUUGAUGAUACGAUAAAAUCAGGCUCCGAGACAAACGUGAACUUGACUGGAGAAGCCUUGUAUGCACAAGUGAAUAAAAGAGCCAAGGGGAAUGUACCAAAAUUUUCUUUUGACCCUAGUCCCGCACCAAGAUCUGUUUAUUUCAAUGCACAAGUCCUGUCACCAAGACCAGACCUUGUAGAGAGAGAGAGUCUCUCUGGUGAAAUAGGUUGCAUCCUUGAAGACACCCCAGUAGACAGAGCACCUCCAGGUACAAUUACUUCAGCAUUGGCCAGAACAACUUCACUGGGAGACCAAGUGAACACUUACACAGAAAAGAAGACCGCAUCAUUCGAGCAGAGAAAGGUGUCAUCUGAAAAAGGGACUCCACCAUCAAUCAGAGAAAAUGCUCCUGCAGAUAGGAUGUCUCAGGGAAUAGAUACUCUGGGUACCCCUCUGGAGAGUGCCGAUGGCAUCUCUCUGGACUCUGCCUGUGGCACUCCCAUUGAGGAGCGAGUCAACAUGCCCUGGACAGACUCGGAGGAACUGGAACGAGAACCCUUCCCUCCCUUGAAAGAGUUCUACAUAGAAGAGGCCCUGCUAGAAGGCCAGCCUGAGGAGGCCCUGGAAGACAUAGCAGAGACAUCCAGUGAAAUAUGUGACCUCUUUGACGAAACUGCGCAAGAUCCGUCAGAAACCUCGCUGCUUAGGGACCCCCUAGUACCUGUCCCACUCCAGAGGUACCUCCUGAGCAUCACCCUAAAGCAGGGAAAGCACUUGGUCAUCAGAGACAAACGCUCCGGUACCAGCGAUCCUUAUGUGAAGUUCAAACUUGAUGGAAAACAGUUCUAUAAAAGCAAAGUGGUUUAUAAAAACUUGAAUCCACAGUGGAAUGAGUCCUUCACCCAUCCUCUGCGAGACAGAGAGCAUAAUGUGGAAGUUCGGGUCUAUGAUAAAAAUCGCACAAGUGACGACUUCAUGGGCUCCAGCACUAUUUCACUGAAAGCUCUUGAAUUGUACAAAACCUAUGAAAUGGAGUUGCAUCUUGAUGAUCCGAAAAGUAAGGAAGAUGACAUGGGAGUUAUUAUUGUUGACGUCUGCUUAAUGUUUAGAGAUGCCACCAUCAAAAGAGGCCCUAGAUGGCCAGCAAGGAAGAAUAAGCUGGCCCAGGCCACACCGACUGUGCGUCCUGCUGAAGUGCAGAAGAAUCAGCCAAAGAACCAGAUGUGGAGUGGGGUGCUCAGUAUCACCUUGGUGGAGGGACAAGAUCUGCCGCAGUAUGGCCAUGGGGACAUUUAUGUCCGCUUUCGACUUGGUGAUCAGAAGUACAAGAGCAAGAACCUUUGCAUUCAGGCCAAUCCCCAGUGGAGAGAGCAGUUUGACUUCAAUCAGUUUGAAGAUAACCAGGAACCUCUGCAGGUGGAGGUGUACUCAAAGAGGGGAAGGAAGGGUGAGGAAUCAUGGGGGAUGUUUGAGAUUGACCUAUCGAGACUUCCACUUAAUGAGAGACAGCUCUACACUCAUGUGCUGGAUCCAGGAAAGGGCAGACUGGUGUUUUUGGUCACCUUGAGACCCUGCUGGGGAGUCUCCAUCUCUGACUCUGAGACAGCUACCUUGGGGAAGCCUGAUGAGAGAGACACAAUAGAGGAGAAAUUUAGCUUAAAGAACUCACACAAGUGUGUGGAGGAGGUCGGCUUUCUUCAGGUGAAGGUUAUAAAGGCAAAUGAUCUUCCGGCAACAGACCUCAAUGGAAAAAGCAACCCCUUAUGUGUUAUUGAGCUCGGAAACAGCAAACUUCAAACUCACACAGUCUAUAAAACCAUCAAUCCGGAGUGGAACAAAGCAUUGACAUUCCCAAUUAAGGACAUUCAUGAUGUGAUAGAGUUGACUGUCCUGGAUGAAAAUGGAGACAACUUUUUGGGGAAAGUGGCCAUUCCAUUACUGACUGUUCAGAAUGGGCAGCAGGUUUGUCUGUUCUUGAAGAAAGAAGACUUGGAAAGUGUGUCCAAAGGAACCAUCACACUGGUGCUGGAGAUUGUCUACAACAAAGUCAGAGCUGGUAUCAGAACCUUCAAACCAAAGGAAGGAAAAUUAAUGGAGGAAAACCCAAAGUUUUCCAAAAAGGUUCUUGCCCGGAAUAUAUAUCGGGUUCGAAAAAUCAGCACAGCAGUUCUGUACACGUUACAGUACAUUAAAAGCUGUUUUCAAUGGGAGAGCACGCAACGGAGUCUAAUAGCCUUUCUGAUCUUCCUGGUGACGGUGUGGCACUGGGAGCUCUUCAUGCUGCCCCUCUUCCUGCUUCUGCUCAUCGGCUGGAACUACUUCCAUCUCACCCCAGCGAAGGCCAAUUCCAACCAAGACCUGGUGAACAUGAGCAUGGGUGACGACGAAGAUGAGGGCGAAAAGGAAGCUGGAAAAAAGGGUUUGAUGGACAAGAUACAUAUGGUGCAGGAAGUAGUGAUGGCUGUCCAGAAUGUUUUGGAAGAAAUCGCAAACAUCGGAGAGCGAAUGAAGAACAUAUUCAACUGGUCGGUCCCAUUCCUGUCAUGUCUGGCCUGCUUAGUGCUGUUUGCGGGAACAGCACUAUUGUAUUUUAUCCCACUGCGGUAUAUUGUGCUGAUAUGGGGCGUUAACAAAUUUACCAAGAAGCUGCGCAACCCAUAUGCUAUUGACAAUAAUGAAAUACUGGAUUUCCUCAAGAGGGUGCCUUCUGAUGUUCAAAAGGUGCAGUACAGCGCGCAGAAAGCGCCCACCAGCCAGAGCCAGCCGCGGAAGAAAAGGUAAGCUCCGCGGACACGCUGGAUGAAAGGCUGGUCUCCUUUUGAAUAUAGUACGACGCAGUCCACCUGACAACAAUGCUCCAGUGCCAGCAGAACCCAUGACCCUGUGCGCCCCACCAUAGCACCCUAACUCUGCCCCCUGCUGCUGAGGGGCAGCCAGCCGCACUCUGGCUUGUGUGUUUGCCACCCCCCUGACAGGGGCUGUGAACUGCAGCAGCUAGGAGGGCAGCACAUGGCGCUGUCAAUCACAAGCCUGGAGGUAAAGAAAAGAGAGUGCUGCAAGGCUCAGCCUUCAUCUUUGGAUAUAUUUUAGAAAAGGAAUGAAAAGCGUUGGGUUUGGCUUACCUCAGACCUCCACUGUUUUUCUUUUUUUCUUUUUUUUUUUUACUUUGGUGAAACUGAGAAAUUUGCCUUAAGGUAAAGUUAAUAUGAGCUUAACAGUUUAUGGAAAACAAAUCAUGGCAAUGUUUUUUUCUCUAUCCAUGUGUUAAUAUAAUUAAAAGUCAAAAGGUCAUGUAUAGUAUAUCACAAUGAUUUUUCAAUGAUUUUUUAAAUAAUCAGGGAGAAUCAAUGUUUUAUCACACAUUAAACAUGUUAGGACAGAGUACUGAAUUCUUUACUAUAUAUAAUAUCAUGCUGCCAGCUUUCUUAAUUUUAUCUCAGCAAUAAAUGUAUUCAAGUACUGUGUGUGUAUUAUUUCUGGCUGCCUUUAUUUUUUUAACUAAAGUCUCUAUGUUAUGUUAGACUAAUUAAUUUGAGAGUUUUAUUUUUACUCAGUAUCAUGUGUGAAUCAUCAAAUGAAGAAUUUGCAAGUAUCCUGAAUAAAGAAUCUUGAUCAGCUUGA